CGCGACUUUGCCUCUUACUGCCUGCUUAUCGAUUAAGCUAGGUACCGAGGAGCUUCCUUCCUUCCUUCCAUGCCCGAGUCGCAUGUUGCACUUUACCUCACUCAACUUUUUCUCUUCUUCCAAUAUUUUCUUUCCAGAGACAACACAAUAAUCACAUACAAACCACUCUCUGAUUUCCUUCGUCUUCCCGGUCUUUUCUGCCUGUUCAUACAGUUUCGACAAAGCAAGCAUGUCUCCAGCUUACACUUAAGGCCCGAUGAAGUCGUUGAUAAGAGUGUGAGCAACAGUGAUCAAGAUUAGACAUGGCUCGCACAAAGCAGACAGCGCGCCGCUCAAAGCCACUCCCAAUAACCACUGCGAUCUCAUUUCAUGAACCUUGGCCGGUUGACUUUAUUCACCAACUGCAGAACCUCCCAUCCAACGAUGAGGCUCAAACCCAAGACCAUGAUGCGACUGAGCCAUCUGCGAAACGAGUGAAGCGAUCGCACGAAGAUGUGAAAGCACUCCUUGUGGCUGAGGAAGAACUGGAGUUUGUGCGAAAAUGUCCCGAGAAAACACUUCCCUUCACUCGAUGCAAUGUCGGACCCCAUUUGCACCUAUUCUCAGACAAAUCGAAGGAGUUCAGAAUUGCCUCUCGCGUCAAACGACCAGUUCCGUCGAUCAACGUCUCUGUCGCAACCCAUUCAAAUUCCAUCACUCAGCGUCUGACAGUUUGUCUGGAUGUCUUUGCCAAGAAACGGGAGAAGACUAAUGGCGAAGGCGAAGUCUGGGUGGCACUUGAUGUCGCUCUGCGCCCUCAAGGAGAUUUUCUCUCUGUGGUGUUUUGCUUCAAGCUCUAUUGGAAUGAAACUAAGACGCCAUACAGCUGGUUGCGAUCUGUGAAUGAGCGCCAUAUUAGUCAGAGCAUCCUCGAUACUUUUCUACCUGACGAAACCGCCUCAUCCGCCUCAAGUUCGAAACAACAGAGCUGGUCCCCAUUGGACUUUUAUGAGGCAGCUCAUGUACCACCUGCCGAAGAUAAGACCGCGCUAUCGAUCGAAAUAUCCGAGUUGACAGCCAAACUCUAUCCUUACCAGAAGAAGACAAUUCAAUGGCUUCUCAGCCGAGAAGGUGUUCGCUGGAAGGAGGCAAGCGUGGACUCAGUCUUGAACAUCGAGGAGCUACCUAUCGUCUCAGAUACCGAUAUCGCACAUAGCUUCCGCAGAGCUCGAAUCGAAGGGGGAUUUGGACAAUCCUUCUUCAUCAGCGAUCUGUACCAUGUCGUCACUACCGACCUUACAGCUUUUCAGCAAGCCGAGCGGGACAUCCGAGGAGGUAUCCUAGCUGAAGAGAUGGGCCUUGGCAAGACUCUCGAAGUCAUCGGCCUGGUCACGCUACAUCGCCGACCCCCGACCGAUAGUUACAUUGUCACGCGAGAAGGUGAAGAGCUUCUGACAAGCGGCGCAACUUUGAUCGUUACGCCAGAGUCAUUAAGGAACCAGUGGAUUGCGGAGCUUCAACGACACGCACCUCACCUACGAGUCAAGUUCUAUCCGGGUCGCAAGAAUGUCAACUUUGAGACUGAGGAUGAUCUCCGUGCUGACUUGGCUUCAUACGAUGUGAUUAUCACCACAUACCCAGUCUUAUCGGCGGAGGUACACUUUGCUAUGAAGCCCCCUGAGAGAUCUCGGCGCCAAGAGAGAAAGUACGAACGUCUAGUGUCGCCCCUGACGAGAAUAUCCUGGUGGCGUGUCUGUCUUGACGAAGCUCAGAUGAUUGAGGGCGGAGUGAGCGGGGCAGCUGUCGUCGCAAGAGUACUGCCCCGUGUCAACGUUUGGGGCGUUACUGGAACACCGGUGAAGAACGACGUCAAAGAUCUCCACGGUCUGCUCAACUUUUUGCGUUACGAGCCCUAUGCAUCGUCUACACAGAUUUGGAGAGCUCUCACAGAGUCACACAAGCUUCUUUUCAAGUCUCUGUUCGGCAGUAUUGCCUUGCGCCACACUAAGCAACUUGUCAGACACGAGAUCACUGUGCCGCCACAAAAGCGAUACGUCAUUACGUUGCCCUUCACCGCCGUGGAGGAACAAUACUAUGGCGAGAUGUUCAAGACUAUGGCCAAGAAUUGUGGACUAGAUCUUCUUGGUGCCCCUGUGAAGCCCGACUGGACACCAGAAAAGAGCGAGACUGAGAUGCGGGCGUGGCUUAACCGUUUACGACAGGCAGCUCUCCAUCCUGAAAUCGUUCAGAUACGCGGCACUGGUCGAAAAGUCGGACCUAUGCGGACAGUCGACGAGGUCCUGGAUGCUAUGAUUGAGCAAAGCGAAAACGACAUUCGAGCCGACCUUCGUGCCUACCUACAGGCCAGACUUACACGCGGUCAGAUGCUCGAAAACAGUCCCAGGGUCAAAGAGGCUCUCGAGAUAUGGGAGAAGGUCAAGGUGGAUGCCAUGGAUCUUGUCGCCGAGUGCCGACAGGAGGUGAAAGCUGUCGUGGGUACGCUGUCAGGAGAGGUUUCUGUCGCAGACCGAGGAGGGGACGACAGCGAUCAAAAUGAAGCCGAUGAGGGCGCGACAAAUGCUCUCGUUGGCGAAGCCCGCACCAAACUUCGACAUGCUCUGGAGGUCCUUCAUAAAGCGACAUUCUUCUGUGCAAACGCCUUGUUUCAAAUCAAGAGCAAUACGGACAUGACUGAACCGGAUUCCGAUGACUUCAAGAAGUAUCAGCAACUUGAAGACGACGAGUAUAGCAAGGCUCAGGAGGUCCGACGAGAAAUCCUUUCGGAAAGUCAUGCCAGAGCAAUGUCACUUAUGAAUAGUCUGGGACGCCAAGCCGAAACACAGUCUUUCGUCGAAAUUCCAGAACUAACGUUGAGUGGGCCGAAGGGACUGGAAAGCGCCCCGACGCUUGACACAUUGGAAGAACUAUAUGGUGUCCUCAAUGAGCAGGCAGAUCGCAUUGAUGAAUGGAGAGAGGCUCUCAUCGGUUUGCUCUGUCAGGCACUGAUCGAUGAAGAAGCGGAAAAUGAGGUCACGGGUGAAGAGUUCACCGACUCCACGCAGAUCCAAGAGGAACUUAUCGUCCAUGUGCAAAUCCUGCGUGCCGCCAUUGCUGAUCGCCAGGACGCCAUCUCAGGGCUUGAGAAUGCGUUGGUUCGGCAUGAGACCAACGUUUCACUGACUGCCGCAGGGAAUGGAGAUGGCCCAGCCCCAGAGAAGUUCCUGGCUCUCAAUGACGCCAGAGAUUCAGUGAAGCCGUCCCCAAUUAGGCAUGGCUCACUUCGUCGUGCUAUUGCUGAGUUGCGAGGUAUUGCCUCAAGACUACCAAAGGAUGGCGGCGGCCGGGCAAGCCUUGAGCACGGGAUUGUGAUCAAGCAGAUUCAACAAACACAGGCGCACAUCACCGCUCAGACUAAAGCGACUACAGCUUUGGAACGGGAGACCGACCGUUUCACAAGUGCAAUGAAUGCCAGAGUUGAGUACUACCGACAAUUGCAAGCAGUGUCAGACAGUGUUGCCCCCUAUGAAGGCCUCAGUGAUGGACAGGCCGUAGCUUCUUGCAUCGCGAGCGAGAAAAAUUACCGCAGGAAGCUAGACUCUUCAAAGGCGAAGCACAGAUAUCUGCUGAAUCUCAAGAUGGACGGCGGAAAGUCCAACGAGCCUCGGAUGUGUAUCAUUUGCCAGUCAAACUUUACCAUUGGAGUUCUGACAGUGUGCGGCCACCAAUUCUGCAAAGAAUGCAUAAAGCACUGGCAUAAGGCUCAUCAGAAUUGCCCAAUGUGCAAGAGGAAGCUUCGACUCACCGAACUCCAUGAUAUUACUCUCAAGCCCAGAGAGUUGAAGUUACACGAUGAGACUCCAGUUUCUGCUUCGCUCGGAGUGAAGAAAGAUGAGAUUGCCAAGGCAAAUGGCAUCUACUCUCAAUUCAGCACUGAAAAGCUUGCCCAGAUCAAUGAUAUUGAGUUAUUAAAGAUGUCCUUUGGAACAAAGGUCGACUCGAUUGUCAGACACAUACUAUGGCUGAGGGAAUCGGAUCCUGGUGCCAAGUCUGUCAUCUUCACCCAAUACAAGAGUUUCCUGACAAUCCUGGGCGAAGCAUUCAACCGCUAUCAGAUCGGCUUUUCCGCAAUCGACAGGCCCAACGGUAUCAUGAAGUUCCAGAAUGAUGCUAGCAUUGAGUGCUUCAUGCUCCAUGGCCGGGCAAACUCGAGUGGGCUCAACCUUGUCAACGCCAGCCACGUCUUCCUGUGUGAGCCGCUGCUGAACACUGCGCUCGAAUUGCAGGCGAUUGCUCGCGUUGACCGCAUUGGACAGAAAAAUGAGACAACGGUAUGGUUGUAUUUGAUUGAGGGGUCGGUGGAGGAGUCGAUCUACAACCUGUCGGUCAAGCGACGCAUGGAACACAUGGGUCAGAAGUCCAAAGGAAAGUCCAAACAGUCGACUCCAGAGGUGCAAGAGCCCACUUUGGAGGCUGCCAACACUUUGGAGCUAGAGCAAGCUCAUCUCAACCAACUAAUGAGUAAGGAUAAGAAUGCAGGCGAGGCGGUUGCGACUGAUGAUCUCUGGGAAUGCCUAUUUGGGCGUGUGUCCCGGCGUAUUACAUCAAGCGUUGCAGAGGAGAUUGUUAAUGAGGACUAAGCUGUCCUUCAAUCUACGGGACAGAGAGCCAGCAAGUAUAAUGUUUGGUCAGAGAAGAACGAGGCAACGCAGGUUAUGAGGCGUUUGGUAGGCUUGGUUUGGAGGGACACCAGUGGUCGUAUUGGCACCAAUUUGCGGGUAGGGAUUCUCAAUGUUUGAGUAUAGACAACUUCCAUCGAGACAUGGUCGCGGCGAAGCCCGCUACUAGGCUAGAUUACAACACAAUUGACAUUCAAGAUCUUACACUUGAAGAAUGGAG